AUGUCUUCAUCUUUUCCUCUUCUUCCCACUCGUAUUGAAGACAAAUAUAUGAAACCUCUAGAUUCUUUUUCCUUGACUGCAGGAGACCUGACUGCAAAUCCUGCCUCAGUACAGGCUGCUUCAUCAGACUCCAACAUUAAAAGCGGUGGGCACAUGUUUUCAUCACCUUCUAAAUGCCUGAAUGGCAUCGCUUUUUCUUCCUCAAUUUCUCAACAUGAUAGGCAGCAUCAAAAUUCUCCCUUCAUUUCUAAGACAUUGAGAAGAGACGAUGUAAUGCCCCCGCAAGGAACUUCCCUUACUCAGAGUGGGGAAGAUGCGUCUUUCCCACCUUCACAUUCUUGUUAUCCGGAAAUACACUCGGCAGCAUUCGUUUCUCGACCCCCAGAAAGUGAUGAUAUUUCAUGGGGACCAGAUCCCUUUCAGGAUAUUCUUAAUCUAUCUGUAAAUGAUUCCGUACAGAACGAUCAGAUGGAAAAUAGUUCUUGUUUUAUGUCUGAUGACAACUCCAAAAAAACUGAUUUUGGGGAGUGGGUAGAUCAGUUAAUGUCAGUCGAUGAAUCUCCUCAUCCAAACUGGAGCCAGCUUCUUGUUGAUGAUAAUGUACCGGAUUCGAAAUCAGAGGGGACCCACUCCACCAAGCAGCAGGAUGCACCAUCUGGAGAAGUUAAUGCUCCUCCUACUUCAGCAACGAAUGCACUACAAAGUAAGCCUAGAAUGCGUUGGACUCCAGAACUUCAUGAAGCUUUCGUGGAAGCAGUGAAUAAGCUUGGUGGUAGUGAGAAGGCUACUCCUAAGGGUGUUUUGAACCUAAUGAAAGUUGAGGGUCUUACUAUAUAUCAUGUGAAAAGCCAUCUGCAGAAGUAUAGAACAGCCAGAUUCAAGCCCGAAUCAUCAGGAGCAGGAGCCUCUGAGAAGAAGUCAACGUCAACCAAAGAAAUGAAAUCUUCAGACUCGACAGCUAGCAUGGGGAUUACUGAGGCGUUGCGGUUGCAGAUGGAACUCCAGAAGCGGCUUCAUGAACAACUUGAGAUUCAAAGAAAGUUGCAGAUUCAAAUAGAAAACCAAGGGAAGCGUCUUCAGAUGAUGUUUGAGAAACAAAGAGAAAUGGAGGACGGCAAACACAAGACAUUACCCUCCUCCUUAGACGGGCCCACGGUAUUAAAUUCCCCCGCGAUUGAGGGUCAAGAAACAUCUGGAAUCAGCAGUAUCAAUGCAACAACCGCGGGCGAAGAAUGUUCUGGGGAUGCCUGCACAAAGCAAGAGGUGGAAGGAACUAAAGUUACUAAUGAAGAAGAGGCGGGGCAUGACCAGUUGGGUGCACCGGCCUCCAAACGGGCGAAAAGCAGGUGACAGCAGAAUUCUCUAACUUGCAAUGGCAUCUAGUAUCGCUGCUUCUGGGGAUAAUUUGUUGGAAUUGCCCUUUAAAUUUAUUAUUUCUGUCCAACAAUUUCUUGUCCGAUUUGGGCUAACCAUUCUAGCUGGCUGUGCUACUACUGACAUUUGCUGUAGAUAUUUUUUUUUUUCAAUGUUGUUGAAUUUGGAAGUUCUCAUUGAUAUCUUGUUGAAUUUGUUCUACCUUUAUGGUUGAAUUAGACAUAUUAGAAUUUACAAGUGUAAGAAAUGAUCUCAUGAUUUAAUACCUCAA